GGAGGCGAGACCGGAACAGAGCCGGCGCAGCCUCUGCUGCCAUCUCAGGACCUCGGGGGGCUGCCCCUGCCCUGCGACCCCACACCAAGGCAGGAUGGAGGAUUUGGAUGCUUUGCUGGAAGAACUGGAGCAGAGCUCCUGCCUGGCCUCCAAGGACCAUGCACUGCAGGGACCAAGCUCCUGCCAAGAUGCCCAGCAUGGUACCCCAAAGGUGCCACUGCCACCUCAAGCUCAGCCUCCAGGAGAAGGUUUGGAUUCAGUGUACAGCACCCCUGUGCCAGUCCCAAAGCCGCUGCUCCCCUCGCCCCCACACACGGAGGCUGCCCGGCAGCUGGAUGAGCUCCUGGCUGACCUGGGCCACACGCAGAGCAAGCUGGCAGCUGCAGGGCAGGGAGCUGGGGUGUCCACGGAAUCCUCACUGGACGACAUGCUGGACAGCCUCACACGGGACCUGCAGGAGCUGGGAAUCGCGGCCGCACCUGCCGGUGUCUGCGCCUCCUGCCGCAAGCCCAUCGCUGGCAAGGUGCUCACAGCCCUGGGCAAAACCUGGCACCCCGAGCACUUCACCUGUGCCCGCUGCGGGCAGGAGCUGGACAAGCAGCCCUUCUUCGAGCAGGGCGGGCGGGCGUUCUGCGAGGAGGAUUAUCACCAGGCCUUCUCCCCGCGCUGUGCCUACUGUGCCGGCCCCAUCCGGGAGAAAGUCCUUGCGGCCCUGGAGCAGACCUGGCACCCCGAGCAUUUCUUCUGCGCCCACUGUGGGAAGGUGUUUGGAGAUGAGGGGUUCCUGGAGCACAAUGGGAAGCCGUACUGCCACGAGGACUUCCUGGCCAUGUUCGCCCCCAAAUGCCAGGGCUGUGAGCGCCCUGUCAUUGACAACUACCUGUCAGCCCUGCAGGGUGUCUGGCACACCGAGUGCUUCGUGUGCACGGAGUGCCUGACUGGCUUCAGCGGCGGGUCCUUCUUCGAGCUGGAGGGGAGGCCCUACUGUGAGCUGCACUUCCACCAGCGGCAGGGCAGCAUCUGCCACGGCUGCGGCCGCCCCGUCACCGGGCGCUGCAUCACGGCCGCGGGGCGCAGGUACCACCCCGAGCACUUCAUCUGCUCCUACUGCCUGGGCCGGCUGCACAAGGGCACCUUCUGCGAGCGCGGUGACAAGAUGUACUGCCAGCCCUGCUACGACAAGCUCUUUCUGUGAGCCCCAGGUGCCCAGCACGCAGCCUCCCUGCCUGGAUGGCCCCAGCAUAAAGGUCACUGUCCCUGCUGACCCAAACACACCUCACAUCCCACCCAUUACACAUGCCUGGUGCUGGUCCCACACAGCCAAUUGUCCCCAGCUUUGCUGCUGCCAAGCCAGGCAUCAUUCCUUGCCCCCCUCCCUGCAAGACAUCCCUGGCAUUGCUCCUUGGACCUGAAGCAAUA